GUCGACGGCGUGCGGGCGGGGUCGCUAGGCAACGGCGAGGCGGGCAGGCCACGGAGAGAAGGGCAGGGCUGCAGCAGGGGAGCUCCCGCGGCCGAGCAGCGGCGCUUCCUGCCUUCCGUCGCGGGGCCCUGAUGGCCGGAGAGCUGGCGCUGCUGCCGGACCAGGAGAAAUACGACGCCGCCGAGAACGUCAAGAUCAUCUGCCUGGGCGACAGCGCCGUCGGCAAGUCCAAAUUGAUGGAGCGAUUUCUCCUGGAUGGCUUCCAGCCUCAGCAGCUCUCAACCUUUGCCUUGACGCUGUACAAGCACACAGCCACUGUGGAUGGCAAGAAAGUUCUCGUGGAUUUCUGGGACACGGCUGGACAGGAGCGCUUCCACAGCAUGCACGCCUCUUACUACCACAAGGCCCAUGCGUGUAUCAUGGUCUUUGACGUUCAGAGGAAGAUCACUUACAAGAACCUGAGCAUUUGGUACAAGGAGCUGCGCGAGUUUCGUCCUGAGAUCCCCUGCAUCGUGGUUGCAAACAAGAUUGAUGCCGACAUGAAGAUGACGCAGAAGAGCUUCAGCUUUGCACGGAAGUUCAACCUGCCUUUCUAUUUUGUCUCUGCUGCCGAUGGCACCAACGUGGUGAAGGUCUUCAACGAUGCCAUCAAGCUGGCCGUGGGCUACAAGCAGAACUCAAGAGACUUUAUGGAUGAAGUCCUGGAGGAGCUCGAGAACUUUGAGCUGGAGAAGAAAGGGGAGGAUUUAUCUGAGAAGGAGGAAGCCGGCCCAGAAGACAACUCCCCGUCCACCUGAGUCCUGGUUCCACAUCCUCCUGUAGCCAGGGCCAAGAGGUCCUGGAGAGAGGGCUCUGCAUUGAGGGGACCGGCCGUCCUCCCUUUCACACUCAGGACGGAGGUAGCUUGGCGGAGAGCUGUUCUGCUGCUCCACAGGCUCGUGGCGUGGAUGGCUGAGAAGACACAUUGGAGCAGCAGCCCGAUGAAGAUGGUGGGGGUACGGUUCGUUGGGGGACGUGUCGAGGGAUGCCCCCAGCCCACACCUUCUAGGCAUGACCCACUGUAGACGGCAGCCAGUUUAAGAAAUAAACACCAAAGGACUUGC